UCACAGGAAUAUUCUGCAACAGAAAAAAACACAACCAUAAGACUAUCUAUAAUACGUUCAUAGAGACUGAUGAAGAAAGACAAAAGACAGAGAGGUUUCGUACGAGGUGGCUUUGGAAACCGGUAAGAAGAGGCUGGAAGAAAUGUGGGUUCGCCGGAGUUAAGAGUGAUGCCUUCUCCAUUGAAAACUACUUGUUCUUGGAGAUUCACAGCGAGUCUCUGAUGAAGCUCUUGAGUUGAUAUGAGUAGUUUGAUGGAACUCUCCUCUCAGCUUUUCCAUCAAAUUUUAGACGAGUCCCUAUUGGUUACUUUUGUUCUUUUUACGGUAAAAAGUAAUGUACACGUGGACAAAAUCUACAGAGCGCAAUAUUUGCUCCCUUCGACUAAUCAAAUCAGGUUUGCAUGCUGUCAAAGACUAAUCAAAUCAGGACUGAAAGUAACUAAAAACACUGCCGUUUAAUGUUUCCUAAGAGAAACUGCACGGCGUUUUCAGAAAAAUGAUUUAAAAUAUCUUUGUAGUCAAUUAGUAAUUAAUGACAAUAAAUUAGGGACGUUUGAUUCUAAUUCUGUAUAAACGUAAAAAGGAAACUAGUAUAACGUCAAUGACGAAGAAUUUGGAGAAACAACUUUUAUAGAAGGAGUUCCUUAGAGUUUGCUCAACAAUGGUGGAUCCAGUUAUGGUCUCCUCAAACAACAAACCUAUCUUCUUCAUAGAUCUCUCUGGACAAAACUCCAUUCCUACGAUUCCGGAUUCGUUUAUUUCGAAUCACGUGAAGGGUAAAACUCAGUCAACGAAACUGAAACUGACUUCGGAUGUUUCGGACAGAUCAUGGGAAGUUGAGCUGGACGGCCAAAGAUUCGCUCGCGGAUGGAAACAGUUCUCGGUUCACCAUGGUGUCCGAAACGACGACGUUUUGAGUUUCAGGCACGACGGGGACAUGGUCUUCCACGUCACGCCCUUCGGACGUAGCUUCUCUCAUCAGAUACAGUUCAUCUCUUCUACAUCUGAAGAUGAAAAUAAAGACGAUGAACAUAACAUCUUUGAUGAUGAUGUUUAUGAUGAAGAGGAGGAACAUGCCGAUGCUGGAAACGAUGAUGAUGAUGAUGGAGAUUCGACAUCGGAAGAGGAACUAUUUCCUUCGUCCAAGAAGAAAGCAAUAACAGAAACAGAGACUUCACUAGAAGACUCUUACCUUGUUACGCACGUCACAUCUUCAAACCUAGGCCGAAAUCAGAUGGGUAUUUCAAACAAAUUUGCCAGGCCAAAUGGUCUGAAAGACAGACAGUGUGAGAUUGAUCUACUCAACGAAGAAGGCAAAUCUUGGACUCUGGAACUUAGACACAACAAAACAACUGGUCAAUCUUAUAUGUGCAGAGGCUGGACAAGUUUCUGCCAAGGAAAUGGGAUCAAAGCCGGGUCUGCAUGUAGAUUUAAACUUGUUAAAAACGGAACCAAACCGGUGCUACAGUUGUGUCCUAAUACCUCUACCAUUCUUCACAAAAAACGUGACGUUCCUGAAACAGAAGGUGAUGAGAUUGAAUACGAGGAUUGUUUAGAGACGCCUCAGAUGAAUCAGAACAGGACUUUGGCAAUAGAGUUUAAACCUCACAUGUUAAGGACAGGUCAACUUCGACUUCCUACAUUAUUUGCGAGAGAUAAUGGGAUCAAUGAAGCAGGGGAGAUAACUAUAGUGAACAAAGACGGCGUAGAGUGGAAGUUGCAUCUAGUUAGCGUCAAGGGACGUGGACAGUUUUACAUUAGAGGUUUUAAAGAUUGCUCUAGAGCCAAUGGCAUAAAGAAAGUUGGUGACUCCUUCACACUGGACGUUGUUCGAGGAGGAACUAGUCCUAUUCUCAAGAUCUGCUCCAAGGAAGCAACAUUUGAUGGUAAGCAGACUACAAACAGGAGGCCGUCAAGGAUGAUUCAAGCACCAAGAGCUGAAGAAGAGAUGGAGACUAGGGUCCAGAAGAAAGCUCGAGUUUCCGCAGAAGGAGGAUCAUCUCGUCGUACCAGGGCAUCAAACAAAUUAAGUGUUGGUCCAGCAAACUUGCAGCACAAGAAACCACUUGAACCUUGCUCAAUCUCUGAUCAAGUGAGUAAGGUGAGACAGAGUAUUGUGCACACUUUAACAGAUGUAAGACAGUUUCGGUCGGAGCUCGAGAUAAAGGAACAAAAUCUAGAGACUUCGCUGCUGGAAAUUGAUGCUCUAGGUAUGAUCUGA